AUGGUCUCGAAAGUUACGGUCCGAGUGCCCAUCAACAUCGCGUUGAUCAAAUACUGGGGAAAGAAGAAUGAGGUAAGGCCUUUAUAUUGUACUUGGUUAUGUGUUUAGGUCAUAUUGUGUUGAUUAUUGGUGAUUUUUUUUAUCAGUUUCCGUCUAAGCACUUUGGAACUGUACCCUACUUUCUAUUUAUGACAAAGUUAAUUUAUCUGUUAUGGGAUAUAUUAGUUUUUUUUAUCUUACUUCACUAGAUAUCUAAUGUGAUGUGAAACAAUAUUUUUUACAAGUGAAAAUCAAAAAUUUUGAAGGAUUUUAAUAUAUGAUACCUAUGAGAACUUACUCUUCCUUUCAGAAGCUGAUAAUCCCUUGUAACGACUCAGUGUCAUUGGCCAUCGACGAUUUAUACGCCGAAACCACGAUUCAUUUCACUUCCGAUGGACAAGAUUCGGUCGCCAUCAACGGGAAGCCGGUCGAUCUCACGGCGAAAUCUCGUUUUCAUAAUGUUUUUAGUGUAAGUGAUCUUUUUCAAUUGCCAUUUCUGUCUUUAGGAGUAUCGUCGGACCGUAAAUCAGCCCAACAUCAAGAUCCACGUGGACAGUCGGACAAAUUUCACUGUUGCCGCUGGUUUGGCCUCUUCUGCUGCCGGAUUUGCUGCCAUCGCGUUUGCUUUGGGUGAGCUGGGAAAUUUGACGCAAGAGCAGACUGUGAGAUUGGCUAGAUUGGGAUCCGGAUCCGCUUGUCGAAGUGUUUUGAAAGGAUUCGUUCAUUGGCAUGCUGGAAACAAAAGUGAUAGCGACGAGGAGAGCACUUGUGAUGUGAGUGUUUAUAGGCAACAAUAGAGACCAUUGCUUGAUUUUGAGAAGGUUUUAUAAUUUCAAUAUUCACAACUGAUUAUAUUACACUAGGUGAGAAAUGAAAAAAAUAAAAAAUAUGUCGGUUAUCCGAUAUUGAUUUACCAAAAAGCGAACAUUUGAUACAAAUCCUUGCUGUUUCAGAUAAUUCCAUCGCCUGAAUUCUGGAAGACUGUCCGCGCCGUUGUUUUUGAGCAAAAAGACAGUGAGAAAGACGUCCCCAGCACUGAUGGUAUGCAAAAAACCGUGGAAACCUCAACUUUAUUUGCUCAUAGAGUCCAAAAGGUCGUUCCUCAGCAUGUGCUUGAGUAAGUUUUUGAUUUUUUUGUUCUGUUUUUAGGCUAAUGAAAGUGAAAAUGACCUAAUUUUAGUCUGAAGAAGGCUGUUGCUGCAUCGGAUUUUGAGGCAUUGGGAAAAGUGAUCAUCCAGGAGAGUAAUCAGCUGCACGCUGUUUGCUUGGACACUUAUCCUCCGAUCUUGGUAUGUCAAUUACAUUAUGUUUUGGCGAAAAUUUAGGUAUACCAAGUACAAUAUUUUUUCAGUACCUAAAUGACCGAUCUCGCGCUCUGAUCAACUUUAUUUGCUCGUACAACAAGAGCCAAGGGCGUUUGGUGGCCGCUUACACCUUUGAUGCCGGACCAAAUUGUUGUGUUUUUAUCCAGGAAAAGGAUGUCAAACCGUUCCUCCAGGCUGUGGCCGAGAAAUUCGACUUUAAUCACGCUCUAGUCCCGAAAGGUGAGCGAUUUUUGAAACAAAUUUGCAGAAAAUGGAGGGAUUUUGCGGAGGUGGACGAUUGGGGAAACCGAAAAGUAUUAUUUUUCUUCAAUGCAAGUGUGAAAUUAGGAUAAUCGAGGGUGCUGAUUUCGAAAAUGACAUUCAUUUUUUUGAUAGUUACUUUUUUCCUUAAGUUGUAUUGUAAAGUAGUAUUUUUUUGAUUUUUUUUCAUAAAUACUCGAUUUGGGGGGUUUCGAUGGUGCUGAUUUCGAAAAUCUUAUUCAUUUUUUCUGAUUUGAAAGCAGCACCAUCGAAAACCCCAAAUCGAGUAUUCAUAAAAAAAAUUCAAAAAGUUACUACUUUACAGUACUACUUAAGGAAAAAAGUAACUAUCAAAAAAAUGAAUGUCAUUUUCGAAAUCAGCACGCUCGAUUAGCCUAAUUUCGACAUUUGCAUCGAAGAAAAAUAAUAUUAGGUUAAUUCAAAAUUAUCCGGCGGUUUUAUUGGCGCGUUUUUUGGUAGUUAAAAUUUGCGUUGUGUUAAUGAUUUUUUUAUAAAAAUAAUCUUCACAAUUUAGUUAAUAAAAUGUGUAUCGAAAACCAUACUCUUAUCCGCCAUAUUAUGCUCUACCAAUUCGAGAAAAGUUGGAAGUCAGCACAGUCAUUUCGCGAUCUCAACGAACUUUUCGGCGAAGGAAAAAAAAAAGGAACGAUUUCCCAGUGGAUGGCUCCGCUUCUGUCCCACCACACAUAUCACAUAGCCUUGUUAUAGUGGACGUCUUUUGGUACUCCUUUGGGCGAAACACCUGCCGAUUGAUUGGGCCCGGUUUUGUCCCCACCCCGGUUUUGUCCCCAAGACGGUUUUGUCCCCAGGACGUUUUUGUCCCCACUUUUUUCGAACCUUUUUGUCCCCAGACCGGUUUUGUCCCCAGGACGGUUUUGUCUCCAAGACGUUUUUGUCCCCACUUUUUUUAUUUUUUUGUCCCCACACCGGUUUUGUCCCCAGGACGUUUUUGUCCCCAAGCUGGAUAGUGCGAUUAAAAAUUAUUCAUUCAAAUGUUAAUGCUGUUGGUUCGGUGCCCAGUACUGCUAAAACAACAUGUUCUUGUAUAGUACGAGGUGGUACUAUAUAGCACGAGGUAAAAAUUAAGCCAUAACGCGUUAAUGCUGUUGGUUUGAAGCCCCGCACUUCUCAAAAAAUGUGUUUGUAGCGCUUGGUACUGUAUAGUACAAGGUGGUACUAUAUAGCACGAGGUAGAAAUUAAGCUAUAUCGCGUGAAUGACGUUGUUUUGGUAUGCAGUACUGAUCAAACGUUCAUUUUGUGCAAAAACAAAUUCGUGCUAUAUAGUACCAUGUGCUAAAACUCAUUUUUGAGAAGUGCUGGGCUUCAAACCCAUAGCAUUGACGUGUUAUGGCUUAAUUUUUACCUCGUGCUAUAUAGUACCACCUCGUACUAUACAGUACCAUGCGCUAAGAACAUGUUGUUUGAGCAGUACUGGGCACCGAACCAACAGAAUUAACAUUUGAAUGCAUAAUUUUUAAUCGCACUAUCCAGCUUGGGGACAAAAACGUCCUGGGGACAAAACCGGUGUGGGGACAAAAAAAUAAAAAAGUGGGGACAAAAAGGUCUUGGAGACAAAACCGUCCUGGGGACAAAACCGGUCUGGGGACAAAAAGGCUCGAAAAAAGUGGGGACAAAAACGUCCUGGGGACAAAACCGUCUUGGGGACAAAACCGGGGUGGGGACAAAAACGUCCACUACGCUGCCGAUUUUUUUUCCUUCGCCGAAAAGUUCGUUGAGAUCGCGAAAUGACUGUGCUGACUUCCAACUUUUCUCGAAAUGGUAGAGCAUAAUAUGGCGGAUAAGAGUAUGGUUUUCGAUACACAUUUUAUUAACUAAAUUGUGAAGAUUAUUUUUAUAAAAAAAUCAUUAACACAACGCAAAUUUUAACUACCAAAAAACGCGCCAAUAAAACCGCCGGAUAAUUUUGAAUCAACCUAAUACUUUUCGGUUUCCUCAAUCGUCCCAGUUCCGACUUUUUGAUGUUAUAGUCAAAAUUUUAGCUAUUGGGAAGCUGUCGAGCACAGGAACCACCGAAAAACAGCCUCUGCCACUGAAGAAUAUCUUCUACAGUCAUGUCGGAGGAGGUCCACUAGUCAUCAGCAAACAGUAG